AUGCAACUCACCUUUGCAACCCUCUUCGCCGCUGCCGCCUCGGCUAGCACCCUGACGCAGCGUGAUGCGGGAUCAUAUGCCAUAACGGAUUUCUAUGCUAGUUGUAUCCCGCAUUCAACAUUGUGCAGCUACCAAUUCGAAGUCGACGCCGCCACCAACUGUACCAUCCUGCUGCAAGGGCCCGACUACCUACCGGCCGUCGCGCUGACGGGAUGCGAGGACGCAGCCUACUCGUGGAGCGUCGCCAAGACGGACGACGCGGGCCUCGAGCUGAGCGUCACGACCGUGUCUACCGAUGACCCGGCUACCAAUGUCACGGGCGUCUAUGACAUUACCAGUGACGAGCUCGUCGUCACCAACAAUGGUGCCUCGUCGAGUCAGAGCUAUGUCGGACCUCUGGACUUUACCGUUGACACGGCCUAG